GGCGAGGCGAGGCUUGCUGAGGCGAGGCGGCGGCCGGGCCGGGCCGGGCCACAGGCGGUGGCGGCGGGACCAUGGAGGCGGCGGCCGCUGCUCCACGACGCCGGCUGCUCCUCCUGGUGCUGGCGGCGGCGGCGACGCUGGCCCCGGGGGUGACGGCAUUGCAGUGUUUCUGCCAUCUUUGUACAAAGGACAAUUUUACUUGUGUCACAGAUGGGCUUUGCUUUGUCUCUGUCACAGAGACCACAGACAAAGUAAUACACAAUAGCAUGUGUAUAGCUGAAAUUGAUCUGAUUCCUCGAGACAGGCCCUUUGUAUGUGCACCAUCUUCAAAAACUGGGUCUGUAACUACAACAUAUUGCUGCAAUCAGGACCACUGCAAUAAAAUAGAACUCCCACCUGUUGGAAAGCCACCAUCUGGCCUUGGUCCUGUGGAACUGGCUGCUGUCAUUGCUGGACCAGUCUGUUUUGUGUGCAUCUCACUCAUGUUGAUGGUCUAUAUCUGCCAUAACCGUACUGUCAUUCACCAUCGCGUGCCCAACGAAGAGGAUCCUUCAUUAGACCGUCCUUUCAUUUCAGAGGGCACAACGUUAAAAGAUUUAAUUUAUGACAUGACAACAUCAGGGUCUGGAUCAGGUUUACCAUUGCUUGUUCAAAGAACAAUUGCAAGAACUAUUGUGUUACAAGAAAGCAUUGGCAAAGGUCGAUUUGGAGAAGUUUGGAGAGGAAAGUGGAGAGGAGAAGAAGUUGCUGUUAAAAUCUUUUCUUCUAGAGAAGAACGUUCAUGGUUCCGUGAGGCAGAGAUUUAUCAAACUGUAAUGUUACGUCAUGAAAACAUCUUGGGAUUUAUAGCGGCAGACAAUAAAGACAAUGGUACAUGGACUCAGCUCUGGUUGGUGUCAGAUUACCAUGAACAUGGAUCCCUUUUUGAUUAUUUGAACAGAUACACAGUUACUGUGGAAGGAAUGAUAAAACUUGCUCUGUCCACAGCAAGUGGACUUGCCCAUCUUCACAUGGAGAUUGUUGGUACCCAAGGAAAGCCAGCCAUUGCUCAUAGAGAUUUGAAAUCAAAGAAUAUCUUGGUAAAGAAGAAUGGAACUUGCUGUAUUGCAGACUUGGGACUGGCAGUAAGACAUGAUUCGGCCACAGAUACAAUUGAUAUUGCUCCAAACCACAGAGUGGGAACAAAAAGGUACAUGGCCCCUGAAGUUCUAGAUGAUUCCAUAAAUAUGAAACACUUUGAGUCCUUCAAACGUGCCGACAUCUAUGCAAUGGGCUUAGUGUUCUGGGAAAUAGCUCGACGAUGUUCCAUUGGUGGAAUUCAUGAAGAUUACCAGCUGCCUUAUUAUGAUCUUGUACCUUCUGACCCAUCAGUUGAAGAAAUGAGAAAAGUUGUUUGUGAACAGAAGUUAAGGCCUAAUAUUCCAAACAGAUGGCAGAGCUGUGAAGCCUUAAGAGUAAUGGCUAAAAUUAUGAGAGAAUGUUGGUAUGCCAAUGGAGCCGCUAGACUUACAGCUUUGCGGAUUAAGAAAACAUUGUCACAACUCAGUCAGCAGGAAGGCAUCAAAAUGUAAUUCUGUGGCUUUGCCUGAACUCUUUUUCUUCAGAUCUGCUCCUGGGUUUUAAUUUGGGAGGUCAUUUGUUCUACCUCACUGAGAGGGAAUAGAAGGAUAUUACUUCCUUCUGCAACAGUGUAAUAAGGUCAAUUAAGAACUUCCCAGGAUUUCUUUGGACCCAGGAAACAGCCUUGUGGGUCCUUUCUCUGCACUAUGAACGCUUCUUUCCCAGGACAGUUACAAAAUGUUAUGUAGUCUACUUUUAUUUUUAUUAACACAGAACUUGUUUUAUUUUAAAAGAUGAUUGCUGGUCUUAACUUUAGGUAACUCUGCUGUGUUAAAGAUCAUCUUUAAAGGUAAAGGAGCCAGAUUGCUGAGUUAAAAGAAACAAUAAGAAAGUAAUUUUACCUGGUUAGUACAUUCUCAGAGGAUUCUGAACCACUAAAGAGUUCCUUGAUUCAGACUUUGAAUGUACUGUUCUAUGAUUUUCAGGAUCUUAACAUUAACACUUAAAAAUACUCUUGAGUCUAAAAAUGACCUCAUGUAGUAGUGAGGAACAUAAUUUAUGCAAUUGCAUUUUGUAUACUAUUAUUGUUCUUUCACAUAUUCAGAACAUACAUGCCUUCAAAAUGGGAUUGUACUAUACCAGUAAGUGCCACUUCUGUGUCUUUCUAAUAGAAAUGAGUAGAAUUUGCUUAAAGUCUCUCUGUGUUAAAACCUGUAGUGUUUUAAUUCAAAAAGUUUAUUUAUCUGGAUAGUCCAGACUUUUUAUGGGGUUUUUUUGGAAGGGUUUUUGUGGUAUGUCAUUUGAUAUUCCAUUUUGAAAAUGCCUUUCUCUACUACCAAAAUGUGCUUAAACCACUAAAGAAAUGAAGUGGCAUUAAUUGGGUAAGUUGUUAUCAUGGUCAUGUUUGAAUAUUCUCACAUCAAGCUUUGGCAUUUUAAUUGUGUGGUAUGAGUAUACUUAAAAUCAAGUGGCACUCUAGAUGCUUACAGUACUUUAAUAAUUUAAAAUGUGUAGCUUAUAGACUAAUUUUUCUAAAAGAAAAUUUGUCUAGCUGCUUGUGAAAAGUUGUGUGGCAUUCUGUAAGCCAAUUUUUCAUUAUCUGAUCAAAGACAGUGUUAUUUUUUUAAGAAAUGAGUUAAGUUUAAAAUUUGAAUAUGAUUAAUGUUAACUAAUAGGCCUUUUCUAGGAAGGUAAAGGUAGUUAAUAAUUUGAAUAGAUAGCAGAUGUGCAGGAGAGUCACAUUUGUUAUGUAGAGUCAGUGUUCAGUGGAUUUUCUGUCUUUGCAACUAAGGUUAGAAUUAGUCUGGUUUUGAGGUCUCACUACACUUUGAGGACGGCAGCUUUUAAUUCAGUCUCCUUCUGUGUGCAAAUGUUGCAAUUGUUUUAUUUACAUGGUUAUGUAAUAAAUUCAGUGCACCUUUGAUUUUUGGGAGAGUGGUAGCUAAAGAAUAUUCUGAGUAUAGAUUCUCCAAUUACAGAUGUUUCUGGUCAGAUUAAAUAUUUAAAGCAAACUAUUCAUGGUCUUCACAUGCUAAGUUGAAACUAGCUUUUAACAACUGGUUUUUACUUCCAGUGCUAGAAGUCUUUGCAGGGCUUUUGCAAUUUUCAAAGUCCUCUUUAUCACUGUGAUCUUAUUCUGAGGGGUAAAAAGCAAAAAAGUUCCCAUAGCUGUGAGGCAAGACAUUGACUUUAUAUAGUGCUAUCAGUUUCCUGAUGAAAAAAAGGGUCAAAAUAACGUAUACAGUAUUUUGGUCAGUAAGAAAGAAUGACCACGUAUACUGACAGAGCUGCAUUCUGAUAGUGUCUUCUCUCUUAAAAAUAGAUUUAAUUUGAAAGACUGUUUGGUCUUAAAGCCAAAGUGAUUUUGGAAUGAAUGACUACAUACUACAUAGGAACUUAGUGUCGAGUUCAUGUAUUUAAAAACAUCACAGGGAAGAUGUGCUUAGAGAUUCAUAUUUUGGCUACAAAUUUGAGUUAUUUUUCUGUUGUUAACCAUGAUUUCAUCAAAACGAAUGAGUUUGAGAGUUGUUUUAAUAAUUGUAUAACAUUUCCUGUUUAAUAAUUUCUAGCUCUGUGAUCAGGUACUUUAGUAUUAAUAUUUUUUCGCCAUGUCUAAGCUUACCUUAUCUGCUUUAUGAAAUUCAGAGGACCAACACAUUUAUCAUUAAAACUAUUUUUGUAUAAUUUUAAGAACAUACCAAAAGUUUUUGUUUGAUUUAAAGUUGUGAUACAUGAUUUUUCACUCUCAUGUAAGGUAAACAACUUUUGCUAAAGAUACUCUUUACUCAGUCAAAGACUGAGUUAGAGUUAUACUGUUCUUGCAUAAGUGAUUUAAGUGUACAUUGGAUGAAUCAGGGAAUAUUUUAAAAGUUGGGAUUUAGUUCUAAAUUGGGUUUACAUAUUACUGCAGCUAAUUCCUUUUGUUGGCUAGUGAUGGUUUUAUAAACCCCAAUUGGCUAAUCCUAAACAUGAAAGUAACUUAAAAGAUGAAAUCAUGACUACUGCAGCUAUAACUGCAGAUACUUUUGACUAGAUUUUGUCAUUUAGAAAUAUAGUCCUUUGUUUAUACUGCCUUUUUUCAGUUGCUCACCUGCUGAGAUUCAAUGUAGCUAAAACACAUUGCAGGAAAAAUUGUCCAUAUCCAUUUUGUCCCUAACUUGGUGGAAUGGAGAUAGGGGGGCUAUGGUCUAGUGAAGUGUAGACGUCUCUGGUCCCUUCUUCACAUCUUCAGUUCUUUUUCUCCCAACCGGCCUUCCUGCUGGCUUCUGACUCAGAGAUCAUUGCCUUGCCAUCACCCUUCCCCACUCCACCCAGCAACCUUUUGACUGAAUAGCUGCUUUUGUUAUCUAGAGUGAAAGGGUUGAUGGAAAUUACAGUCCUACUUUUAUUUCCUUGAGUCAUUGGAGAUGGCAGGGAAGGGUCUCCGAAUUUGGAGAUUGAGUGGAUGCCCUGCUUUGACUUCAGCCAUAGCCAAGGAGUGGGAUGGCUGCACGGUGACAACUAUGGCAGUGGGAGUUGUGCCAGAAGCAGUGGCUAGUUGGAUCCCUAGUAGGACUGGGGGCCGCCCACAAGCUGAGCCUGUAAUUCUGCUGUAAUGAUAGUGCUCAAGAAGUGCCUUGAGUCAGUGUAUGGUGCCAUGGCCACUGAGAAUUCAAAGUUUCAGUUCUUAUUACAAAACUUAAGUGGUCUCUUAGCCAUUUUUGUGGUUCAUGCAUGAAUUACCCUUUUUUCUCUAUAUUUGGAGAACUGUCAUGUGUAGAAUAUUUUAAAAACCAAGAUGGUAAAGUGCUAGUUUAAGUGCACAACAAAACCAGCGUUUUAUUAGACACAUCACAUCAGGAGUUUAUUUUCACCCUUACACUGAAAGAGUGAUUAUAAGUCAACUGGACCUUUUGUUUCUUGACUGUGGCAGUGUUCUGACUCCAAGUGGUGGAGAGUCCAAAUAAUGGUUCUGUUAAAGCGUGGCAUAAGAUGCCAAUUCAGAUAUCUUUGAGAUCCUAAACAAUAGCUUUGGACAGGUACUGCAGCUUCUUGUGUCUGUUUUGGAAUGCAGGAACACGCAUGGACCCACUUUCUAGGAAUGCUGGACUUCUAGGAUAUUCUGAGGAUUGUCAAUACAUUGAAACUUUUUAAUCCCAUUAUGCAAUCUUGUGAGUGUAACCUUUAAAAAAUGUAGUUAAUAACAUUCAACCUGUUUCUUAAAGCUUAAAAAGAACUUCAGUGAAUUUGUUUUUAUUUUUUGACAAGCUUUGUUAAGAAUGUCAUGAACCAUGUUUUGAUAUCCCUUUUUCACAUUGUGCCAAUGGAAUGGGGUGUUUGAUGUUUCUUUAUAUGUCAAGGAGAUGCUUCAAAAUGUCAAUUGCUUUAAACUUAAAUUACCUCUCAAGAGACCAAGGUACAUUUACCUCAUUGUAUAUAUGAUGUUUAAUACUUGUCAGAGCAGUCUCCAGGUUUGCAGUUUUAUUUCUAUAAAGUGUGAGUAUUAUGUUGCUAAAUUACUCAAAUGGUACUGUAUUGUUUAUAUUUGUACCCCCCCAAACAUCACCUAUAUUUUCUGUUUUCUGUAUUUUAUUAUACUUGUGCAAAAUUCUUUUGACUUUAUCAAUCUCUGCCCUUUCAGAUGUGUACAGAAAAUGUCCAUAUAAAUUUCAUUUAAGUUGAAUGAUUCUGAGAAACCUGUAAAGAGGAGAGAAAAACAAAAUCUGCAGUUCCCCAUAAGCUCUUAAAAAUUGUACAUUGUUACUUGUAGUAAUAUUCUGAAUGAACUGUAAAUAGGAAGUAGAUCAGCAAUGCUUAUGUCAAGUCCUAACACUACAGUAGAAACAUGGAAGCAAGCAAAUAAAUGACUUUUUCCUCAAGUGUUAGUGUGUAAUGUUUUUUAAAGUGUGCAAUGCUAUUAUGAAACGUGGUUGCUAUAGAUAGUGCUA